AACAACAGCUGUGAUGCAUUAACACCCGCCUACAAUAAGGAGGAAAAACAUCAAGGCAUGGAGUCGUUGCAGUAGCUCAGUGGUGACAGAAACAUGAUGUGGAAGUUGGUGCUUCUUGUUCUUACAGCGCUUUUCUCCGUCGGGGUCGGGGUCGGGGUCGGGGUCGGGGUCGGGGGUCUCGAUGAAAUAGACAUUAAAAAAAAUGAUGAGGCUCUAGAUUUUCUGAAGUCUGCGGUGGAAGAACACAACCAGCAGAGUAACGAUAUGUACUACACCAUGCCGCAGGAGGUGAUAAAGGCCGAGAAACAGGUGGUUGAAGGUGUUAAGUACUUCUUCACUGUGACUAUGGCGAGGACCCAGUGCCUGAAAGUGGAUGCAAAUGACAAGGAGAAUGGAUUGUGUGUCGUCCAUACAGACCCAGAUGAAGCUAAGCCUUACCAAUGCUCAUUCACGGUGUGGGUCAGAUCCUGGACCUCGACCGGCAAAGAGUUUACGCAGACCUGCUAAGAAGAAAACCAACGCAGGAAAAUCAUUCAGUGCUCCCACAUUGUAGCACAAUCUCCUUCCAGAUUUCUAUUUCCUGUAGAUAAAGCACAAGACCUGUAUCACUUCAAA